AAAACAGAUAGAAAAGGCCAAAAAAGGCUGCUCAAGAAGGAAAGGCCCCGGGCCCCACAGCCUGCCUGUGCCCGCUCAGACUCCCAGUUUUUCUUUUCUUUUCCACCACCUUCUGGCAAAGGGAUGAGGCCCUUUAGGUCCUGGGCUUUAUGGAUUCUGGUGCCUGGGCAGUGGAAGCCCCUUUUCCCUAGGACUUCAGAGACAGUCUGGGGUACAGCUGGGGAGAACGUCCUUGCCCCAGUAGCUGUAAACAUGGGUUCCUCUGUGUACCCUCCCUGUACCCUCAAACACUCUACUCAUGGAAGCCAAAGGCCAAGGUUAUCCUUACCCUUAACUCCAGUGUCCCUUCUCUGUUCAUGGGGCAUGGGCUGUGAAAGGGCUCCUGGGCACAGACUGGCCACAGCCUGGCUGAGUUCCUGAUGUUCCUGGUCUCUGUGCUCAACAGCCACCAGCCUGCCCCUCGCAUGGAGACCUUCUUUAGGAGACAUUUCCAGCGGAAGGCAUCAGGCCCUGGAGCAGGGCAGCGGCGGCCCAGCGGUGUGGGGCUGCUCACGGGCAAGGCCCGGCGUCGCUCCCCUGCAGGGCAGGCCUCCUCCAUGCUGGCCCAGCGGAGGCGCUCCAGUGCACAGCCCCAGGGCUGCCUCCUGGGCUGCGGGGUGGGCACCCAGGGAACCAGCCGCCGUCGCUCCAGCACCGCGCCCCCUGCCUGCAAUCCCCGCUUUGUUGUGGAAUCCGUGCCCACCCCUCCGCCUGCCACCGUUGGGGCUCAGCUUCUGGGUGCACCUCUGCUCUUGGCUGGGCUUGUGGGCAUGAAAGAGGAGGAGGAGGGUGUCCAGGAGGAGAAUGUGACUGCCGGGGCAUCAAGUGCCACCCAGCCGGGCACCAGGACACCUCCCAACACUGCAGGCACCCGGCUGCUGCCAACCCUGCCCCGAUGCCUGCGUCGAGCCUCCUCCCACCUGCUCCCUGCUGAUGUGGUGUAUGAUCAUGCCCUCUGGGGCCUGCAUGGCCACUAUCGUCGCCUCAGCCAACAGCGGCCCUCUGGCCAGCACCCUGGCCCUGGGGGCCGAAGAGCCUCAGGCACCAUGGUGGGCGCCAUGAUCCCUGCCCGGGUGCGCCCGCUGACCCGCAGGCGCCAGGUAGCCCUGCGGCGCAAGUCGGCAGGACCCCAGGCCUGGAGCACCCUGCUUGUGAAAGCUAUCACCAAGUCGGGCCUCCAACACCUGGCACCCCCUCCCCCAACUCCUGGGGCCCUGUGUGGCGAGGCCGAGAGGCAGAUCCGGAGCACUGUGGACUGGAGUGAGUCAGCAACAUAUGGGGAACACAUCUGGUUUGAGACCAACGUGUCGGGGGACUUCUGCUAUGUUGGGGAGCAGUACUGCGUAGCCAAGAUGCUGCAGAAAUCUGUAUCCAGGAGAAAAUGUGCAGCCUGCAAGAUUGUGGUGCACACCCCCUGCAUUGAGCAGCUGGAGAAGAUAAAUUUCCGCUGUAAGCCAUCCUUCCGGGAAUCUGGUUCCAGGAAUGUCCGUGAGCCAACCUUCGUACGGCACCACUGGGUGCACAGGCGACGCCAGGAUGGCAAGUGUCGGCACUGUGGGAAGGGCUUCCAGCAGAAGUUUACCUUUCACAGCAAGGAGAUCGUGGCCAUCAGCUGCUCCUGGUGCAAGCAAGCGUACCACAGCAAGGUCUCCUGCUUCAUGCUGCAACAGAUCGAGGAGCCCUGCUCCCUGGGGGUCCACGCAGCCGUGGUCAUCCCACCCACCUGGAUCCUCCGUGCUCGGAGGCCCCAGAAUACCCUCAAGGCCAGCAAGAAGAAAAAGAGAGCAUCCUUUAAGAGGAAGUCCAGCAAGAAAGGGCCUGAGGAGGGCCGCUGGAGACCCUUCAUCAUCAGGCCGACCCCUUCACCCCUCAUGAAGCCCCUGCUGGUGUUUGUGAACCCCAAGAGUGGGGGCAACCAGGGCGCUAAGAUCAUCCAGUCCUUCCUCUGGUAUCUCAAUCCUCGACAAGUCUUUGACCUGAGCCAGGGAGGGCCCAAGGAGGCUCUGGAAAUGUACCGCAAAGUGCACAACCUGCGGAUCCUGGCGUGCGGGGGCGAUGGCACGGUUGGCUGGAUUCUCUCCACCCUGGACCAGCUGCGCUUAAAACCUCCGCCCCCUGUUGCCAUCUUGCCUCUGGGGACUGGCAACGACUUGGCCCGCACCCUCAACUGGGGCGGGGGUUACACAGAUGAGCCGGUAUCAAAGAUCCUCUCCCACGUAGAGGAGGGGAAUGUGGUGCAGCUGGACCGCUGGGACCUCCGUGCAGAGCCCAACCCCGAGGCAGGGCCUGAGGAGCGAGAUGAGGGGGCCACAGACCGGCUGCCCCUGGAUGUCUUCAACAACUACUUCAGCCUGGGUUUUGAUGCCCACGUCACCCUGGAAUUUCAUGAGUCUCGAGAGGCCAACCCAGAAAAAUUCAACAGUCGCUUUCGGAACAAGAUGUUCUAUGCCGGGACAGCUUUCUCUGACUUCCUGAUGGGCAGCUCCAAGGACUUGGCCAAGCACAUCCGAGUAGUGUGUGAUGGAGUGGACCUGACCCCCAAGAUCCAGGACCUGAAGCCCCAGUGCAUUGUUUUCCUAAACAUCCCCAGGUACUGUGCUGGCACCAUGCCCUGGGGCCACCCUGGGGAGCACCAUGACUUCGAGCCCCAGCGGCAUGACGACGGCUACCUCGAGGUCAUUGGCUUCACCAUGACAUCACUGGCAGCACUGCAGGUGGGUGGGCAUGGCGAGCGGCUGACGCAGUGCCGAGAGGUGCUCCUCACCACGGCCAAGGCCAUCCCGGUGCAGGUGGAUGGCGAGCCCUGCAAGCUCGCAGCCUCACGCAUUCGCAUUGCCCUGCGCAACCAAGCCACCAUGGUGCAGAAAGCCAAGCGGCGGAGUGCCACCCCUCUGCACAGCGACCAGCAGCCAGUACCAGAACAGCUGCGGAUCCAGGUGAGCAGGGUCAGCAUGCAUGACUACGAGGCCCUGCACUACGACAAGGAACAGCUCAAGGAGGCCUCUGUGCCACUGGGCACCGUAGUGGUCCCUGGAGACAGUGACCUAGAGCUCUGCCGUGCCCACAUUGAGAGGCUCCAGCAGGAGCCUGAUGGUGCUGGAGCCAAGUCCCCAACGUGCCAGAAACUGUCCUCCAAGUGGUGUUUCCUGGAUGCCACCACUGCCAGCCGCUUCUACAGGAUCGAUCGGGCCCAGGAGCACCUCAACUAUGUGACCGAGAUCGCACAGGACGAGAUUUAUAUCCUGGACCCUGAGCUGCUGGGGGCAUCGGCCCGGCCUGACCUCCCAACCCCUACUUCCCCUCUCCCCAAUUCCCCCUGCUCCCCUACGCCCCGGUCACUGCAAGGGGACUCUGCACCCCCUCAAGGUGAGGAGUUAAUUGAGGCCGCCAAGAGGAACGACUUCUGUAAGCUGCAGGAGCUGCAUCGAGCAGGAGGCGACCUCAUGCACCGGGACGAGCGGAGUCGCACGCUCCUGCACCACGCGGUCAGCACUGGCAGCAAGGAAGUGGUCCGCUACCUGCUGGACCACGCACCUCCAGACAUCCUUGAUGCUGUGGAGGAGAACGGGGAGACCUGUCUGCACCAGGCAGCGGCUCUGGGCCAGCGCACCAUUUGCCACUACAUCGUGGAAGCUGGUGCCUCACUCAUGAAGACGGACCAGCAGGGUGACACUCCCCGGCAGCGGGCUGAGAAGGCUCAGGACACAGAGCUGGCUGCCUACCUGGAGAACCGACAGCACUACCAGAUGAUCCAGCGGGAGGACCAGGAGACGGCUGUGUAGUUGGGGCAGCUCGAGGGACUGUAGCCAAAGGAUGAGCUCCUGCCCUGCCCACCUCACUGCCACAUUCCAGUCAGAUGGCCACGGGGGGACCCAUGACCCAGGGAAGGAGCCCUGUGCCAUCCUUGAGAAGCCACCCAGACCUAGGGCUGGACUCUGAGGAGCUGGGGCUCUUACCUGUCCCCCUGAGGUCCCCAGUCUGACCCCUAGGCUCACAGGGGAUCAGGAGGCUCACAGGGGAUCAGGAAACCGGCUGGGCUGGACAGGCCUUUGGGAGACUGGAGCUGGGCGGCUUCAGGGCAGCCCCACCCUCACUGCAACAGAUGUGCUCCGCAGCGGCUGGACAAGGGCCGGGCAGAGUGGCCGAGGCACAGUCAGGGAGGCCUUCAGGAAGAGGCUUCGCAAACCACCUGGACUUUAGGACCCGCCCCAGGUUCCUGGGAGCUUAGACCCUCUCCUGCCCUGACACCCCUCCGGGCUCGACCCGGAAACCCAAGAGCCGGCUGCACUCGCCUGCCCGCUGCCCUGCUUGGCACCUACCCCGUGACCCUCCCGUGUACCAGUCAUUUCAUCGAGGGCUGUGUGGCCUGGGGGGUGGGGGGUUCUCUCGGUGACAUGUUUACAGCUGGGUGUGAGUAAAGUGGAUUUUUUUUUUCC